AGUAGGAUUCGAAGAAGACGAGUCCCGGGAGGUGCAGCUGACGCGUAUUCCUGGGCGUGGUUUAGCCGCGUUCCUCAACUCUUUCCUCGGGCUGCGGAGUGUGAGGCAGCCGCUGUGGAACCGUGGACCGGAGGAAAGACAUGUAUCAGUUAUGCGCCACAGGAGCCAGAGAUCCACUCAGUAACGAGGCCGGUAAACCGUCAUGAUUCCCAUCACUGAGUUGCGGUACUUUGCUGACACUCAGCCGGCGUAUCGAAUUCUGAAACCAUGGUGGGACGUGUUCACAGACUACAUCUCCAUCGUCAUGCUGAUGAUCGCAGUGUUCGGUGGCACACUGCAGGUCACGCAGGACAAGAUGAUUUGCCUUCCGUGCAAAUGGGUCGUCAACCAGACCUGCGAACACCUCAAUGUCAGCGUGGCGCACAACUCCGAACCGAAGGGCAUCCAGUACGACCUCGACAGACACCAGUACAACUACGUGGACGCCGUAUGUUACGAGAACAAGCUCCACUGGUUCGCCAAGUACUUCCCGUAUCUGGUGCUGCUGCACACCCUGAUUUUUCUAGCAUGUAGCAACUUCUGGUUUAAGUUUCCGCGGACCAGUUCGAAGCUGGAGCAUUUUGUGUCCAUUCUGUUGAAAUGCUUCGACUCGCCGUGGACGACGCGUGCGCUGUCUGAGACGGUGGUGGAGGAGAGCGACCCAAAGCCGACAGGGAAGAUGAACGGCUCGAUGGAUAAGAAAGCCUCCAGCGUGAGUGACCAGGAUGUGGAAGCGAGCGUUCCAAUGCUGCAGAGGACCAAGUCCCGGAUUGAGCAGGGAAUCGUGGACCGCUCGGAGACGGGUGUCUUGGAUAAGAAGGAAGGGGAGCAGGCCAAGGCACUGUUUGAGAAGGUGAAGAAGUUCCGUAUCCAUGUGGAGGAGGGCGACAUCGUUCACCGCCUUUACAUCCGCCAGAUAAUCAUCAAAGUCUUCCAGUUCAUCAUCAUCAUCUGCUACACCAUGUACUACGUUCACUACAUCACGUUCAGCGUGACAUGCACCGUGGACAUCGAGCGGCUGACCGGUUAUCGCACAUACCACUGCGCUCAUCCUCUGGCCACACUUUUUAAGAUCCUGGCCUGCUUCUACAUCAGUCUGGUGGUGGUUUACGGCCUCAUAUGCAUGUACACGCUCUACUGGAUAAUUAGCCGCUCGCUAAAACGAUAUUCCUUCGAGUCAAUCCGCGAGGAGAGCAGCUACAGCGACAUCCCGGACGUGAAGAACGACUUUGCCUUCAUGCUGCACAUGAUCGACCAGUACGACCCGCUGUACUCGAAGCGGUUCGCCGUGUUCCUGUCGGAGGUUAGCGAAAACAAACUGCGGCAGCUGAACCUGAAUAACGAAUGGACUCUGGAGAAACUCCGACAGAGGAUAACCAAGAACUCGCAGGAGAAACUAGAGCUGCACCUCUUCAUGCUGAGCGGGAUUCCAGACACGGUGUUUGACCUGGUAGAGCUGGAGGUCCUGAAAUUGGAGCUGAUCCCUGACGUUACAAUCCCGCCUAUUAUCGCACAGCUGUCUAACCUGAGGGAGAUGUGGCUUUACCACACACCGGCCAAGAUCGAGGCUCCCGCUCUGGCCUUCCUCCGUGAGAACCUCAAAUCACUACACAUAAAGUUCACAGACAAAGAGAUUCCGCUGUGGAUCUACAGCCUCAAGAACCUCAGCGAGCUCCAUCUCACUGGAAACCUUAGCGCGGAGAACAACCGAUUCAUCGUCAUCGACGGCCUACGGGAGCUCAAGAGGCUCAAGGUCCUGCGGCUGAAGAGCAACCUCACUAAACUGCCUCAGGUGGUGACGGACGUUGGCGUUCACUUGCAGAAGCUGUCUAUCAAUAACGAAGGGACCAAACUGAUGGUUCUGAACAGUCUGAAGAAGAUGGUGAACCUGACGGAGCUGGAGCUGGUGCGCUGUGAUCUAGAGAGGAUCCCGCACUCCAUAUUCAGCCUGCACAAUCUACAGGAGAUUGAUCUGAAGGACAACAACCUGAAGACCAUCGAGGAGAUCAUCAGCUUCCAGCAUCUCCACAGACUGGUGUGCCUCAAACUCUGGUACAACCAGAUCGCCUACAUCCCCAUCCAGAUCGGCACCCUCACCAACCUGGAGCGACUCUACCUGAACAGGAACAAGAUCGAGAAGAUUCCCGCUCAGCUGUUCUUCUGCAGGAAGCUGCGUUACCUGGACCUCAGCCACAACAACCUGACCAGCAUCCCUCCGGACAUCGGCUUCCUACAGAACCUGCAGUACUUCGCGGUGACUGCGAACAGAAUCGAGACAUUGCCACCCGAGCUGUUCCAGUGUAAGAAGCUGAGGACGCUGAAUCUGGGAAAUAACUGCCUUACAGUGUUGCCGUCGCGUUUCGGAGAGUUAACGGGCCUCACGCAGCUGGAGCUCCGCGGCAACCGGCUGGAGGGAUUACCGGUGGAGCUCUCCGAAUGUCGCCUUCUCAAGCGCUCCGGGCUGAUCGUGGAGGAGGAUCUCUUCAACACUCUGCCACCGGAGGUCAAGGAGCAGCUGUGGAGAACCGAUAAAGAACAAGCCUGAGCGAGACGGAUGGAAGAGAAGCAACUCUUAAUGUGGUCAUUCUGCUUUCCUUUCAUUUUUUUAAGUGAUUUUUAAUUCAUUUUAUUUGGGCGAAAAAGCAUUCGUUUCUCGUCCGUAUGAAGGGAAGUUGUGGACAGUACGGUGCCAUCUGUCCUUCGAAACACACACAUACACUGAUACACUCACUCAAACACGUUCUCAUACACAAACGCACAUUUUGCGAGGUCAAGUCAUUUAUGCACUGCCCCCUACAGGCACGGAGGGGCAUGCAUAUAGAUGACGACGACACCAACAUGGAGUGCCUGUUAAAGCAGUGGCAUUAUGGGAAUGCAUAGAUAUAACAAGCAAUAUGUGGUUUGUGCAUUAUUUACUUAGUGGCUGCGUCCAAUCAGGGAAGAGUCGACUGUUUAUGAAUGUGCCAGCUGAGUUAUCGAAUAUGUAAAAUGUACAUUUUAGACCUCUGCAAGCGAAUACCCACAGAAAUAAAUGCCAAAAAGGUCAUAUAUAAAAUCUACUACAUAUAUAUAUGCUUUUAAGGAUUUUUAAAGAUGAAUAUGAUGCCAUAAACUCUUGAAAAUGUCUUGCUGAAAUCUUACACUCCACAGACUAGAAACCGCGAACUCAAACGCUCUGACGGCAAACAAACAAAAUUUUGCCGCCUUUUCACAAAUGUUGGACUGACUCAAGUUUGGAUCAGGUGACCUGCACAUCACAUCCGAUUGGUUGACUCAAAGGGAAUGAUGACGUCAUAAUGACUGUUGUCGUAGCAACGUUCCAACACUAUCAUGGCCUUAACUGUCUCUGAGCUGUAUGCUGGAGGUCACCUCAAAGACAAAGUGUACAUUUUACGUUUAUAAGUUUUAUAAUUUUACAAAAAAAUAAUAAGAGAAAGAACAAAAAGAAACAGAACUGAAAGACUUGUGCAAACUGUUUGCAAGUACAAAAAUCCUAUGCGUUAAUGUAUCUUUUUUUUUUUUUUUAUAUGUAUAUGUUCAUAUGAUUUUAUUUUAUGAUUUUUAUUUGAACUUUUCUUUUGUUGGGAAGACUGCCUAAUGUACACAGUAUGGCUUUAAACAAAACCAAGUAAAAAUUUCUGAUACACAUUCAAA